AUGUCAAAGAGUUCCCACCACAGACCUGCGUGGUCGAAUGUUUACAGUGUCGAACGACGGGGGAUCUCUCCCUACUCCACUCCCACUUCUUCUCCCUCCUCUCCAUACACCUCAUAUCCCUACACCACCUCCUCCCCCUCUCUCUCUACUCUGACUGUGUGUCUGCGUUACAUGGCUGAGGAGGGAAAAGACUUGACUCUCUUCAGCCUCACUCAGGGGAACUACUGGAACCUGUUACUGGAAAGGAACAGUGGGAUGGACUACCUCUCCACCCAUUCCUCCUCUCAGUCCUUCCGCUCCUAUAGGCUGUUAUCAAAGUACAUCACAGACAUAGAGCACCGCCCUUGGACCAAUCUGUGUGUUACUUGGGAAGCAGAGACGGGUGUGGCCCAGGUGUGGAGGGGCGGGACUGUCAGCGUUAGGAAGAGAGUGCUUGGACAGGUGACCAAUGGGCCUCCUGUCUUGAAAGUGUUUAAGUUUGAGGGGCAGGUAACUGACGUGGAAGUGUGGGACAGAGUCCUCUCCCCAAGCUGGAUACUGGCCUACAUGUCUGGGUGGCAGUCCUACUGGUCUUACACCCCUGGUAAUGUGCUGACCUGGUCCAAGGCCAUCUACUCCACCAAUGGUGAGGUUCUCCUGGAGAGAAACACCUACAACUCUGACCAUCAGCCUAUCAGUGGCCACGACCAGCGCCCAAGACCAAUUAAAAGGAAGACAAAGAGAAAGUUUGAAUGGAGGAAGAGUGAGAAUGCAGAGCAGAGACAGAGGGCAUGGCUGUAG